UUAUACCAAAUCUAAAUAGAUCAAUACAAGUCAUGUGAUAUAAACAUGGCGACGUCCAGUAAAGUGAAACACGUUGUAGCAGAUUCUGGUGCUUUUAUUCGAAAUGCUCCACUACGGGAAAUUGGUGAAAAGAUAUAUACUCUUCGAGAAGUUGUUAAAGAAAUUCGAGACAAGACCACUCGUCAGCGGUUACAGGUUCUGCCAUAUCAGCUUGACUUCCGAGAGCCUUCCCAUGAUUCUGUUAGACUAGUGACUGAAUUUUCCAAGAAGACUGGAGACUACCCUAGUUUGUCAGCUGCUGAUAUUAAAAUACUUGCUCUGGCUUAUCAGCUAGAAAAGGAGCAUGUUGGCCCAGAUCACAUCAAGACUGUUCCCCAGAGAAAGACUGAAUGGAAUGUAACCAGCCACAACUUGGAAAAACCCACAGCAAUAGCUGGCUUUUACUUGGCACCGAAGAAAGCACCAGGCUCGAGGACAACAUCUGAAUGUGGUAGCUGUGUACAAAGUUCGGAGAUCUCUGCAGAUGAAUCAGUUUCAGUCACUGAGGAGCAGACGGACGAGAAAACAACAUUUGAUGAGUUGCAAACUGUUGCUAAGCAAUCUGAUGACACAACAAAUAAUGAAGACAAACCGACAUUGGAAUCCCAGCUGAAGACGAUCCACAUUGAAGUGAAAGAUUCUUCAACAGUUGACAUGUCUUCUGAACAGUCCUCCCUGGACAAUUCUAGCAAUAAACUAUGUAGGGAAGGACAGGUGUUGCCUAGCAGCUGUAUAGAAGAAGGAGAAGAAUCAGAUGAUGAAGAGGAUGAUGAAGAGGAUGAUGAUGAUGAUGAUGAUGAAGAUGGCUGGAUCACUCCUAGCAACAUAAAAGACCUCAAGAAGACCAUGGGCGUUGAAGAAGCUCAGAAGGCAGAUGUCACUGUUGGUUGUUUAACAACAGAUUUUGCAAUGCAGAAUGUUUUGAUACAGAUGGGUCUGAAUGUGAUUUCCGUCGACGGAAUGCUGAUCAAGAAAGCCAAGAGUUAUGUUCUUCGUUGCUAUGCGUGUUUUAAAAUAACCAGUAACAUGUCGAAGGCAUUCUGUCCGCAGUGUGGGAACAAGACACUGAAAAGAAUAUCUAUGACUGUGGACGAGGAUGGAACAGUGCGAUACUUCAUAUCUCGCAGACGACCAAUCUCAAAGCGUGGCACAAAGUACUCACUUCCAUUGCCAAAGGGAGGUAAGCAUGCGAUAAAUCCGGUUCUGGUGGCUGACCAACCAAUGCCUCAGCAGCGAGUCUCACGGAAGAAUCAACAGAACAUGAAUGCUCUUGACCCCGAUUACAUUGCCGGCAUGUCACCGUUUGCUGUUAACGAUGUAACAAGCCGGUCAGCCUUGCUUGGUAUCCAUGGCAACAAGGGGUUUUGUUACUGGAAUAAGCGAAACCCAAAUGAAGUGGGAAAGAAGGGAACCAGACGAAAAUGACUUUAUUGUUUAUGAAAUAAAACUAUUAUUAUUCUCAA